CCUGCCGCCGCUGCACUCUCUUCCCUCAUCGUCCUGCGGCUCUUCGCUGCACUCGCCUCGCUUUCCCCACCACCGCCACCAAUCGGCACCAAAGCCCUAGUCCUCGAGGACCCGCUCCCUCCUCCGGCGCCGCCAUUCCGCCAUGAGUCGUCAACCAGAGGUUCUGUGGGCUCAACGCUCUGAGAAGAUUUACUUGACUAUUUCACUGCCAGAUGCUAAAGAUGUUGUGUUGAAGACUGAACCUCAGGGCCUCUUUAGCUUCUCAGCUGUUGCUAACGGGGAGCCUUUUAACUUCACUUUGGAGUUGUUUGAUUCCGUACUGCCAGAGGGAAGUAAAACAAAGACAAAGAUGGGCUUGCGAAACAUAAUCUGUUCUAUCCAGAAAGAAAAGAAAGGUUGGUGGAAGCGUCUCCUGAAGUCAGAAGAUAAGCAUCCAUAUAUCAAAGUUGACUGGAACAAAUGGUGCGACGAGGAUGAAGAGUCUGAUGCACCAGCGGAUUCAGACGAUGACUUUGAUGAGGGAAAUGACAGAGAGGAAAGUGAUGGUGAUGAUGAUGAUGAUGAUGGAAUGCUUUAUCUCCCUGACCUUGAAAAGCUAAGAGGGGGGUACGUGUUGUUUACUACCGCUAGUGAACGACCUAUGGCUAGCAUGACAACUGACAAAUUGACGAUGCAGCAGCUAGGAUGUUAUGCUGCUAUGGAUUCUGAGCACCUUCUCUCAGUUUCAUGUCUGUUUUUUUGUUGAGAUCAAGCUUCUCGUAUGGGGGUAAAUCGUGCUACACGACGAUGGAUGGUGCGCGACACAGUGCAUGUGCAGCCAACAUGCCAAUGAGAUCAUAUCGUGCAAUGCAUGUCAACAUUGCAUCAGAUUCCAUGGUUCAAUUAUUGUCAAAAAUGUCAAGGCAAUGGAAGAUGACGGGCCGCCUUACUUUGAAUGGUAGCCACGUCUGGAUGUUCUGCUGCUCAUUGGUGCUUGGUGA